AUGAAAUUGCUUGCUGGUCUUGCUUUUGCCUCUGUGGCUGUUGCUUUCCCUUUUCCCUUCUGGGGUCAACGCGCUCCCACUCCUCUCGAUGUCGAAUUGCAGUUGCAGGGCAACUCGAAGAUCAAGGCUACUAUUACCAAUAAUGGUAGAAGCAACUUGAAGUUGCUCCGGCUUGGAACGUUUCUUGAUGAAACUCCUGUUGAGAAGGCUCAGGUUUACUCUGCUAGUGACUUUAGCGCUACUGCUGAGAGAAAGCCUGUCCCCUUUGAUGGCAUUCGCCUCUCCAUCGACACCUCCAUGCUCGACGACACAUCCUUCCAAAGAAUCCCCUCUGGAGGCUCUACCGAAGUCACCUUUGACAUCGCCGAAUUCCACGACCUUUCCACCGGCGGCAAAUUCAGCAUCUCAACCUCAGGCGCCCUUUCCUUUGCCCUUGAAAACUCAACGGAACUCAUCGGCUCCGUCCCCUACUACUCCAACCAACUCGACGCCGAAGUCGACGGUCCCCAGGCCUUUUCCGUCCGCACAGCCUUCCACAACAAGAACAAGCGAGCCCAAGUCCAAAGCGACUGCUCAGGCGACAGACUCGCCGUCACCCAAGCCGCUCUGAAACAAUGCUUCGACCAAGCUGUCAACGCCCAAAACGCUGCUGCCAGCGGUCCAGCCGAGAAGCUGGACGAGUUCUUCAAACGAUCUGAUCAAGCGACACGCUCAAUCGUGGCAGACGUCUUUUCCAAAAUCGCCGGCGCGUGCGGAACCAUUGAUUCUGGCGAUAUGCGCUACUACUGCAGCGACCAGUACGGCGCGUGCAAGAAUGGUGUUCUCGCGUAUACUGUUCCUAAUGCCAACUACAUGUCAUACUGUGACUUGUACUUUGAUCGUCUGCCUGCCACGACGCAUAGCUGUCAUGGUCAAGAUAAGGGUAACACCAACUUGCAUGAGAUGACGCAUCUGAAUCAGAUUAAGGGUACUUCUGAUUUUGGUGGUUACGGAUACAGCUUUGUCCGCAGCUUGACGGCGGAGCAGAACAUCAAUCACGCUGAUACGUAUGCUUUGUAUGCUCAGGCUGUUUCUAUGAGUUGUUGA